UAAGCGCGCAGUUGCAUCACUUCCAGUAGACAGUGGCAGGGCAGGGGACCUCUUGCGUCCUUGCGUCACUCUUCGACAUGGCCCCGUCCGCGGUACUCGCCCCGACCCUCGCCCUCCUGGCUGCCUUGCUGCUGGCCGCCCACGCUGCCAAGAUACCGGAUUAUAUCCCAAUGUGCAAGAGAGAUGUGCCUGACUUUGACAAGUGCCUGCUCAAUACAGUUGAGGUAGUUCGGCCCCAUUUGGCAAAGGGCAUUCCCAAGUUGAAAGUCCCUGCUCUUGAACCACUGACUAUUCCGGCCUUGGAGAUCAACAGGAACAAUGAAGCCCUGCAAGUUAAGGCUAAACUCAAAGAUAUUAAGGCGUUUGGAGGCACCGGCUUUGUGGUAGAUAGACUGAAAACAGACAUAGACAAGUUGGCACUAGAUGUGUCGGUCACUAUCCCAGAGUUGAGAGUCACAGCAGACUAUGAUGUGGACGGCCGACUGCUCGUCAUCCCUCUCAGGGGAAAAGGCAUAUUUAAGGGAAACUUCACAAACUCAAAGGCUGACGUAAAGGCGACAGGGAAACUUAUUAAGAACAAGAAAGGUGUUCAGUACAUGCAAGUGAAGGACUUAAAUGUGCGCCUCACAGUAGGCGGGCAGAAGGUGAGGUUCAUCAACAAAGGCAACAGAGACACAGAAGCUAUCACUCAAACAGUGAUGAACUUCUACAACCAGAACCGUCAGCAAGUGACGGAGAUUAUAAUGCCUAUUGUGGAGGAAACGGUCAUUGCAUUCAUGCGCCAGUUUGCAAACACUAUCUUACGAUCUGUUCCCUUCUCAGAAAUUUUGCCCAAAUAAGACUUUUUAUUUAUAACAUAAGAAGCCAAAAAUUGCUUUAUAUAAAUUAAUACGUACAUUUUUCAAAUAUAUUUUAAUUAUAAAUUACAUAAUGCAUUCAUGUUAAGUGGUACCUAUGGGUUUCAUAUAAGAAUGCUGGGACCUUGCUUGCCAGGUCCUGUUGUACUAUUUUAGAGAAUUAGGAAUCAGAAUGCUACAGGUAGACCCCUACUACCAUAUAUCAUUUCCAAUGUUUAUAAAUAAUGCAAAACCGAAAUUUAUUUCUUAAUUUUCAGCAAAAUUGGCACACUUAAAUAGUUUUAUAUUUUGUGUAAUUAGAGACACUUUGAUAGUAUUUUCGUUAAAAUUCUUAUCUUUUCUGUCAUUUAUACUCAUAUGCAAAAGUGUGUAGCAAAUUAUUUCUUACAACAACAAAGUAGCCUUUUCAGAUAUCACAGUCAUAAAUUUUUGAGUUCUCUACACACCAUUAUGAUGCUCCAUCAGAGGUUCAUUCCUAACCUGCUUGGAAGUGAAUGUGGCAGUACGUAUUUUUAGUCUCUGCAUUAUUGUUUAAACAAAAAAUGAAGAAAGUGUUCACUUGACCUAUACAAGAAAGGUGUGCGAGUGAAACAAAAUAGAAUUUACUAGAUUCUACUGUAUUCAGACAAUACAUCAUCAACGUAAAAAAACACAACAGUGAGUUACAAUAUGACUAGAUUCAUCAUAAGUAUUUAGAUAUAAGGUUAGUUGUAAUGGUUUAAAUACUUCGUGACUCAUUUUCGUAAUGAUUGUACUAUAAUCAAUAGAGUGACAAUAAUUAUGUCAUGCCACGUGUCAUAUAAAUUAUGCUCAUUAUUAUUGUUGGACCAGUUACCAUUUGUCUGCUUAGUUACUUGUAAAAGAAAGUAAAGCACUCUACUAUUCAUUUGUAAGAACUGUACAUUCAAAAAAAUAAAAAAAAUAUAUAAUACUAUCA